AUGAAUGAAGCAACUACCACGUCUGUAUUACAAGGGGACUCUAACUACUGUAUCUACAUGUACUUUGUUCUUUAUACGGUACCAACCCGCCACUCACUAGCACUGAACGACGAUCUGCUUACACCUCCAGUGUUGUCCUUCGAUGUGAAGCUAGAGUUGGACCAGUUACCGAGUUCGAUGACAUCUUCGACUGUAGUGGAGAGUCGUGACUCAUUCAACUCAUCGCCAGUUGAAAGUCGAACAGAAGUGCAGAAUCCGUCAGAUGUUAACAGCAUGCGGAAACCGUUUAGGUGUGUUUCGCGAUCUGCAAAAGCGAAACGAUUACGGUUCUAUCGCAACGGCGACCAGUACUAUAAAGGAUUGUGGUAUGCUCUACGUAUCGAUCGUGUUCGAAGCAUGAAACCAUUAAUGGAGGAUCUAUCGAAAACAAUGGGUGACUCGGCCGCCCUUCCUCUUGGCAUACGACAUAUAUUCAGCAUAGACGGACAAUUAAGGAUAACCGACAUAGAUCAUACAGAGACGUUCAAAUCAGUUGAUUAUGCAAAUGCUCGUGAGCCGUAUUGGUGUUUUGCUCUUUCACGAGCAAGUAGACUGAACGAUAUCCCUUUGUUGAGCUUGCACGGGACAGAACAUGUUUCGGUUGAGCCUACACACUUUGUGUUUCCACGUAUCAUCACUGUAAUCCGGAAUGGUGUGAAACCCCGAAAAGUUAUCCGCCAUCUUUUGAACAAGAAAACUGCAAGAUCAUUCGAUCAAGUCAUGUCUGAUCUCACUUGCGUCGUGAAACUUGAUAGUGGUGCCAUUCGGAAACUGUUUUCCUUGGGAGGAAGUGCUGUGCUCACAUUGCAAGAUUUCUUCCGAGAAGAUGACGUUUUCAUUGCGUAUGGUAAUGAAAGAGCAAGUGCCGAUGAUUUUUUUGUAAUAUCUGAAGGUAAUAGUGUUUUUAUUUAA